AUUAACUCAAAAUUCGAUUCUGCUUUUAGCGGAUUUAUCAAUCUAUGAGGGAGCUUUAGUCAUGACGUAUGAACAACUUUUGGAGCAAGCUAAACAAGAACAAGAAGAUGCAUUACAAACUAAAGAGAGCUUGAAUCAACUCGCUAUUGUUCUUUAUACUUCCGGAAGUACAGGAAUUCCCAAAGGUGUGCUUAUACCGCAUGCUACUCUAUUGAAUCGUCUACAAUGGCAAUGGAGGGAACUUCCAUACGCUGAUGAUGAAAAACGAUGUGUUUUUAAAACUUCCCUUACUUUCGUCGAUAGUGUUCCCGAAAUUUGGGGACCUCUUUUACAAAGCCGUACCCUAGUAAUUGUCCCGAAAAGCGUGACUAAAGAUCCGGAAAAGUUUAUACCGCUUUUAGAAGAACAUCAGAUACAACGCUUAGUCCUUGUGCCAUCG